CAGAGUAGCCAUUACUAGCAGCAAAAUAAAACAAAAUUUGUGUUAAGAUGGUGUUUCUUACGGUAGUGACAUUGGCAGUCGUUGUAAGUGCACUACUGUAUUAUUACUUCACAAGAACGUUCUCUUAUUGGGAGGAUCGAAAUGUUGCCGGACCGAAACCUAUACCGUUUUUUGGAAACCUAUAUAAAUCCGCUACGCGCAACGAUACACUGAGUGGAGUCCUUAAAACCAUAUACGAAAGUUUCCCAGAAGAGAAAGUGGUGGGAAUGUUCAGGAUGACAACUCCAACGCUCAUUGUACGAGAUCUCGACAUUUUAAAGAACAUUUUGGUAAAAGAUUUCGACAAUUUUGCGAAUCGAGGCGUGGAGUUCAGCAAAACAGGGCUAGGACAAAACCUGUUUCACUCCGAAGGGGAGACAUGGCGAGGACUAAGAAGUCGAUUUUCACCCAUAUUUACAAAUUCAAAGAUGAAGAAUAUGAUGUAUUUGCUCAACGAUCGAGGUGAUAAGUUCAAUGAUUACGUAAGUGAGAUUAUAGCGACGACACCCGAGCAGGACGUCCAUGGAAUGGUGCAAAAGUACACAAUGUCAACGAUAACUGCGUGCGCCUUCGGUUUGGAUAUAGACACCUUUCAUGGAGAUAUUGAAGCUUUAAAAAGAAUCGAUAAGGCAAUAUUUAUCCCUAAACAUACUCUUGAGUUUGACAUGCUGUUCCCUGGUGCCCUUAAAAAGUUAAAUUUGUCCUUAUUUCCUGCGUACAUAUCGAAUUUUUUUAAGGAGAUUGUCGAAACUGUAACUACUGAAAGAAACGGAAAGCCAUCAAAUAGAAAAGACUUUAUGGAUUUGAUAUUGGAAAUGAAGAAUAAAAAACAAAUUGAAGUAACCAAAAAGGACGGUGAUGGAGAAGCUCAUACGAUUGAGAUAACUAAUAGUGUAAUAGAAGCACAAGCCUUUAUAUUUUACGCUGCUGGUUAUGAGACCUCAGCUUCGACCAUGGGUUUCCUGUUGUAUCACCUAGCAUUGGACACUGAAAUACAGGACAGAUUAAGAAAUGAGAUAGAUGAAUACCUCAAGAAACAUGGAGGAAAAAUAGAACUGGAUACUUUAAAUGAGUUACAAUAUUUAGAUCAAGUUUUUAGUGAAACUCUCAGGAUGUACCCGAUACUGGGCCAUUUACAACGGAAGGCUGAAAACGAUUACAAAAUACCGGGAUUGAACGUAACAAUAGCUAAAGAUCUAAUUGUGAUCGCAUCUGUUUGGGGUAUUCACCACGAUGAGAAGUACUACCCAGAACCGGAGAAGUUUGAUCCCGAGAGGUUUACUCCAGAAAAUGUAGCUGACAGGCAUUCCUUUGCGUAUUUGCCCUUUGGCCUUGGACCGCGACAUUGCAUUGGAAUGCGGUUUGCUCGCGUGCAGUCCUAUGUGUGUAUAAUCAGAUUGCUCUCAAAGUUCCGACUGGAAGCUGGCAAGAACACCGUUCGCUCCUUUUCCAACAACCCAUAUCGAGGCGUGUUCGCUCCUAACAAGCCCCUCUACGUGACUAUUAACCCGCGGUAGGGCCUCCAUUUAUGAAUUGUAAUUACUAGAAGUAUUAGAACAAAUUAAAUUAAAUUAUUUUUUCAUUGCUUUGUCAUAAGAUAUGACAUAUAUUGCAGUAUAUAAUUGCAAAGAUAGAUAUAACUCCGUA